AUGCGUCUGCUGCUCUGGAUCUUCCUCGCGACGCUGAUCACGCUGCUAUCGAGCGUCGGGGCAGACUCGACCCGGGUAACCAACUCCGCUACGACCGAUUCCGAGCCGGCUUUCGCGCUGAGUGCUACCUACAACGCCAACAAGAAGAAAAACCUGCGGCUCGACGAGAAGGAGGGCGAUGCCGACGUUGACGACUACGGCGAUGGAGAGAGAGGUGUCUCUACAUCAAGCCUCAAGAAUCACCUUGGCAAGCUCAAAACCACCUUAACCACGAAGCUGCGUGAUAUCUUCGGGGCGGGAUUCACGAGGAUCAUGUACAGGCAAGGGGAAACUCCGAUCAGUGUCAGGGCGAAGAAGAUGGGGGAAAAGAGUUUUUUGCCCGGGAUGUUCAAGACACGGUAUGAACAAAACAAAGCAAAAGAAGCUGCAAAAAUAACUUCCUAA